AUGGCUUCUCCAAAUAGAAAACGACAAAAAUGUGUAAAAUCCCUAACAGAAAUAUUCAAAGAAUUUGAAGAAAAAGUGAACGAACACGAAAAACAUUUCCCAGAGUUGAAGUUUUACAGUAAUGAUGCCAGAAUUUUGAGUGCAACGUGUCCAACUGAAUCGAGUUCCACGAAUAGCGGGUUUGUUGUUUUCCAAAUAUUCUUAGUUUUUUAAUCUAAAUAUUUUGCAGAAUUGUUGAUGACGAUUGUGUUUCAAAUGAUUUUGGAUACGUUAUUGCAGUUAAAAAGGUAGCUUGUUGCAUUUUUUUUAAAGAAAUUGAAAUGAGAUUUUGCAGAAUUCUGGCAGAUUUGAAUGCAAUACGUGUACAAAAAUAGAGAAAUCAUUUGAAGCAAUCAAAGAGCAUCACAAAAACGUGCAUGUUGGGGUGAGUAUUUUUUGAAUUAAAAUCGACAUAUGUCUCAACUUGAAUUGUUUUCAGGAAUACAAAACACAAACACAGCGGAAGCAAAGAUCAGCCAAAAUGUCCAGAAAUAAUGGUUUUCAAAAAAUGGAUUCGAGCCCUGAAAAAUAA